GACGAGACGCCGCAUCGCACGUCGACAUCAUCGAAAUGGCUCUCUGCGUCACCUCCGCGCUCUCCGUCCGCGCCGCCGCGCCGCGCGUCUCGUCCGAGGACAAGACCGCGCCGGCGCCGCUCCACCGCCGCGUCGCGUCCGCGCUCGGCGCGUCCGCGCUCGCGCUGUCGCUCACCCUCGCGACGCCGACGUCUUCGCGGGCGGAGAUCCGCCUGCCCCCAGUCGACCCGGACCCCGACCGAUGCGAGCGCGCGUUCGUCGGGAACACGAUCGGACAGGCCAACGCGGUGUCCGACCGCAUCUUAGACCUCCGCAAGUGCGAGUACGACGGCAAAGACCUCAGCACGAAGACGUUGUCCGGCGCGCUCAUGGUGGACGCGUCGUUCAAGGGGACGAACUUGACCGAGGUCGUCAUGUCCAAGGCGUACGCGUUAAACGCGGACUUCACUGGGGCCAACUUUACGAACGCCGUCGUCGACCGCGUGACGUUCGACGGCGCGAACCUCGCGAACGCGGACUUCCACAACGCGGUGAUCACCGGCACGACGUACGAGGGGACGGAUUUGACGGGGGCGACGUUCGAGGAGGCGCUCAUCGGGAAGGAGGACGUGAAGAGGCUCUGCGAUAACCCGACGGUGAAGGGCCCGACGAGGUUCGAAGUCGGGUGCCGGGACUGAUCGAGAGAGGAGCGAGGGAGGAUUGAUUCGGCGGGUCCGGAGUCCGCGGGGUCGGACGCGCGCGGUGCUGUAGUCAAAAUAAUACAACUAGAUUGUUCGCGACGCUCUCGUUCGCCGGCU